AUGGUUUAUAUCCAAGAGAUUUCGUCUGAACCCUACCGUACUCAAUCGACCAGCAGCCCACAAAACUUUAAUCGACCGACAAGCUCCAAUCGCUCCAAUACCCCUAACCGACCAAAAUCUUCUAAUAACAACCAAAGCAGGCCCAACAGUGCCCAAAAGUUUUCGUCCUACCAACCAGCUGGUCAAUACUACCCCACUCGUACUAAUCCACCCAACUACCCAGCCGAGUAUUCUAAUGAUGCCAAUUUUGGACAUAAUAUCCAAAAUACUUAUAACAAUCCAUAUAAUACACAGAAUUUGCAUAACGAUGUUUAUAGUCCGGGUUAUGGCGGUCAGAGUUACCAAAACGAAUAUUACACACCGCAGUAUGGAAGGAAUGGAAAGAUUGAUGUGAAUAAGGUGAAAAGUGCUGUUCUUCAAGCGACUAAUGAGGCUCUAAAAGGUGCUGAGAAUGCCCUACGUCAAACUGCAUCAAUGUUGAAGAAUUUACAACAAUGUAAGUUUAGUUAUACUGCCAUCCACUUCUCUAAAUGCUUAUUUUUGAUAUCCUGAAGAAAAAGUGCCAUAUCUUUUUUAAUAAAGAUUAAAUUCGUCUCAAAAUUACAGUAUUUUGACAUCAAUAUCUCUGCUUUCAAUCCUCAAAAUUUGAUUAAACUUUAAAAUGGCAUUACUCAUAAAAAGCAAUUUCAGCGACAGCACCCAGGAAUCCUAACUACACGAUCGUCAAUGGGAUGGGAAGCAACGUUAGAGUAUUUGUUAACGGUGCUCUUGUGUACGAGGGUCCACCACUAACUCAUUAUGACAUUUACACACAAAAUGGAAGUCAUAUUCGAAUACGACCUUGAUUCUAUUUGGUUUUAUGUAAACUUUGCUGUGGUGAAUAUAUUGAUCUGUGAUAUUAAAUUAUUUAGGAUAAAAAUUAGUGUGAAUUGUAAUAGAAAGCAAUGAAAUGUGCUUGUUUUGAAUAUUUGUAUUUUAUAACAUUCGUAUUUUACACUUUUCCAUCUGCAUUAUGUGUUGAAUUUGGUUCCACAACGGAAAAAGGUUUUCUGGCAUUCCGUAUCAAAGUCAAAAAAUAAAUAAAUUUCGAAAAUAUUUUAGAAUUUUUAAAAAAAACUAGGUAUUUUACAUUUACUGUUCAAUAGUUGGCUUAUAAAUUAAUUUAAAACGUUAACUUUAGGUAUGACAAGGUCUAAUAUUGUUGGUAUUGACGAAUUAAACGAUAUUUUUGAGGUUUUUCUAGCCGUAAACUUUGCUGGAUACACUCAAAGUAAGUUUUAUGAAUGUUACAAAGAUUUUACUUUGAUUGGUAGGUGAAAAUGAGUAUGCUGAAAGCAUUAAAACCGCAGAAUCUGAUGUUAACGAGCUGUUAAAGGAAGCUGAAGUUGAUUUUGUUCGUCUUCAUCCAUGUGUGAAGUAAGUUAACUAUGUUUCAUUGUUUUACGUUUUUAGUUAUUCUUCUUUACGUUUAAUAGCUGUUUCAGUUGAUUUUUGAGGAAGUUUUGUUGUUUUUUAGGCGUUUUGUUUAGCUACAUCUAAAAUAAGGUUAUUUUAGACGUGCUGAUCUUCUUAUACGUUUAAAACGGGCUUUAUAUGAAAAACCUGAAUUGUACGAACUACCUGAAGAUGCUAUGAUGGUAUUUAAGUUUUUACACAUUUAUCAGUUAUGUUUGGAGACCGUCUGUCCUACAAUUCAGAAGGCUUCAUUACAAUUGGUGAGUCUAACACAAUAUCGGCUGUCUUUCUUCUUUUUUGCUAUUAUAUAAAUUAACGCUUUUUGUUUGCAGAACAUCACAAUAGCUUCAAGAUACUGUUCCGAACAUUUAAAAGAGUUGAAUCUUGAGAAGAAUGAGUUUAUCGAUCUUUUUCAACGAGCUGUUGGUCAACAAGGUGGUGAAGAUGAAAGUGAUGUAGCAAAAGACGUGGAAUCUGUGAAUAUCAGUUUGAACACGUUAACUAUGUCUAGACGGUCAUUUUUUGAAUGGCUUUUGAUUAAUUACCAGAUAGCUUCACAUGCAUUGUUAUAUGGAGUGGCUUCGAGGUUUCUUGAACUGGCUUCGAAAUUCGUUGGAUUCGAAUUUGAUUUUGAUGGAAAGCUGGGAAAAAGGACACGAUAUCAACAACAAAGUUUGCCGCAACUUGUUUUGAAGGUAUGGAGCUUUAUUUAUUGUUGUAAAUUUAGGUAUAACAAAUUUUCAGACGACCAAGGUUGAUACCGCUAAAACAGUGAUACCUGAAGUCAAAUCAGUCGCACAUCCAAAGAACAUUGACAAUAAGGACGAUACGUUGCUUCAAAAUGUGAAAUUUGAUGAGAAUGUCAAUGUUGAACAUCUGACACCAGAUCAGAUUGGUGUUUUAUUAGCUGCAGCACUGUUAGAGCAGAAGACGGAUCCGAUUCAGGAGUUGAAAUUCGAACAAAUGGAUGCAUUGUGCACUAAAGUAGGUGGAUAUUGGGGUGCUUGGUAUUAAAAAAGGUGAAAAUUGAUUUUUUUUACUUGUACUACGAGUAGGGUAAAUUUAGGUUUUGAUCUUUAAUGGAUAAAAAGUGAUGUUUUAGGUAAUAAGUAAAAGUUUUUGGGAUAUAUUGGUUUUUAGGUAACAAAAGUGAGGUUUUUUGGUUUUUUAAGUCAAGAAACAACAAUAUAUAUUUUUAGUAAAAAAUUUUAAAAAAAUGAAAUUUAGGUAAGAAAAAUGUGUUUUUCUGGUAUUUGUAUAUACAAAAAAUUUUAGGUAACAAAAAUGAAUUAUUUUGGUCAUUUUCUAUGAAUAAAAUAAAAAAUUUUAUUUUUAGGUAACAAAAAGCUAAAAAAAUUGAAUUUAGGUACCAAAUAACGAAAAAAAAAUGUAAUUUAGGUAACAAUAACUAAAAAAUAAACUAAUUUAACUUAAAAAUCAAAAUUGGCCUUAAAAACAUUCACUUUCUUCAGAUUCUCUCCCAGCCCAUCGGCUUCAUGACCUCAAUAUCAUUGUUCGAACUUCGCUCAGAAGCUGAACGUCGAAACACUCGUCGAGUCGAACGAGCCGUUCAACAGAUGGAGUCGAUAAUGGAUGAGUUGGAAAAUCGAAAAGAUCAAAUUUUGGACCCUCAGGAAAUGAGGGAUCGAAUUUGUGACAUUUGGAUAUCUUCACCAUUAAGGCCUGCCUGGGGUGUGAAGAAGUUCUACGCCAAGGUGCUAAUGUCAUUGGCUUUGACUAGUGUGAGUUGGGGUCUAUAAGCUUAUCAUAACCAGGAUGAUGGAUUUUGCAGGGUUUUUGAGGGAUUUUUGGCCAUUUUUACAACUAUGUGGCUACUUUUUGUGGACGUUCAUACCUAAAACUUUAAUCCAUAAAUACCUAAAACUCUUUAAAAUCUUAAAUUUUUAGGAAGCCAUAACCGUGUACGAAUCGAUAUUCGACUGGAAAAACGUGGUCGAAGGCUAUCAAGCCAUGAACAUGAAGGAGAAAGCCCUAAAAGUACUCGAAACCCUAAGGAAACAACAUCCAGACGAUCCAUAUUAUCUAUGUCUAAUUGGUGAAACACGAAGAGAUGAAGAUUUACUGAACAAAGUACUAGAAUUAACCAAUGACAAGUACCCAAACGCCCACAAAGCACUAGGAAUGAUGGCGUUGGAGAAGAACGACUACAAGAAAGGAUUCAAACACUAUAAGAGAGUGUACCAGCUGGUACCAUUGAGUGUACGAAGUGUGUACAACUAUGGAGUAUGUGCUUGGGAAUUGGGCGAGAUUAAGGAUGCGAUCACCGCUUUUCAUCAUGUCACAUGCAUUGAUCCGGAUCAUUUCAAGGCGUGGAACAACUUGGCCGCUGCUUAUUUGGCAUCGAAUCAGAAGUCGAAGGCUGCCAAGAUUUUAAAGGUAGGGUGGGUAGAGUAACAUCUGGAAGAAGAGGGGUAAAUAAUGCUUAAAUUUAGGCUGGGUGGGGUAAAAUCUUAUAUGUAGAACAGGGGGGGGACUAACUUAACUAGAAAAAAAAUUACGGGAGGGGGGGGGGACGGGUAAAUUUAACUUGAAAAAAAAAUUCUACAGGGGACCAAGAUUAACCUGAAAAAUUUUUUUUUGCAUUUUUUUGCCAGAGGACUUUACUUUUUAAAAUUUCAAUGUGAUAUUUCAGCAAGGCCUUCAAAUCGACCGUGACAACUUCAAAAUGUGGGUGAAUUUGUACGAAAUUGGCGCCGAAUUACCAACCAAGAAGGACUGUUUCUUCGCCGUUCAACAAAUGAUGUCAUUCAAAAAGGCGGCCAGUGAAUUCGAUGUGAAACCUUUGCUUAAAGUAAGAUUUUAGGACGUGUGUGGAGAUUUUUAGGACUUGUGUGGGGAUUUUAGGUAACAAAAUUUAAAUUUUUUGAAAUACCAGGUUGUUCGAAUAUGGAUGAGCCAAAAUUUUCAAAGUUGGGCGCAUUGAAUGGCUCAUCCAUAUUUGGACAACUUGAUAUUAUGAAAUUUUUGAUUUUUAAGUAACAAAUAUUAAUAUUUUUCUGAAAUCAAAUGUAAAAUUUCUGUUUUUAGAUAAAUAAGGUAACAAAAGUUUGAUGUUUAGGUAACAAAUCUAAAAAUAUUUGAAAAUUUGAAAAAAAAUCAGUUUUGUAAGCUUAACUGAUUAUAAAAGGGCUUUUCUGAUUAAAACAGCAAAAUAAAGGCAAAAAAUGAAUAAUCUUUGCCCCUCAGGAAAUGAAAACCUUAUUUUAGGUAAUAUUGUCCCACACAAACGCGGCCGAAAACACCUAUUACCCAGCACCAGAACUCAAAGAUCCUCUAGAUCAAGGCGAACUAAAACAACUCGUUUUGACACUAGAAGCAGCACACGAACAUUGCACCUUAGAUCCGAUGACAUUGAGACUAAUGGCCAAUUUGAAAAAGCCAAAAGAAGAUGAACAAGAGCUGGAGAAGCUGCAAGGCUAUAUUGAACUACUGGAUCUGGCUGAGAAGAGGGAAAUGCAGGCUGGGAAGGUAGGUUGUGAAGGUUUUUUUUGUUUUGGAGAGUUUUUUGUGGGCGGGUAAAAAAUUUUUUUGAGGGUGGGUAAAAAAUUUUUUUUGAGGGCAGGGUGAAAAAAAGUUUUCUUUGAGAGUAAUUUUUUUUGAGUGCGGAGUAUAAAAAAGUUUCCCAAAUUUUAACUCCUGAGGCACAACCCAUGACUCACUUUUAACCACGUAAAUUUCAGCAGAAUCCAGACUACUUAAACACGAUCAACUCCCUGAUCUCGUCAUACCCUGCCAGAAUCCGCCUCUCCGAAAUCCUUGGCAAAAACCCAGCCGCGGCCAAGAAAAUGAUCUUCUUUAGGCUACGACCACUGGUUUCGGCCGUCCAACGAUUAUUCAAGGAAAAACCAUCGAGUCAAGAAGAAAGCCCUAAAUUGGCAACGGUUUUUGAAACGGCCAAGGAGUUGUUGACCAAUUUGAAUUGA